AUGGCUCGGCCGCCUCGUCGCCGGCCUGCCAGCGACGAUGACUCGGACAGCGACGAAGGCGCCUCAGUCUCUCGGCCUGCCGUUGAAACUGAGGCCGAGAAGUAUCAGAAGCUGAUAAUGAUGCAAGACCUCGGCACGGAGACAAGAGACUACAUCACAUCCAGUGACAAAGGUCCACGAGCUCGACACAUCAGCCAGCGCAUGAUCCAUGAACUGAGAGAAUGCAACCAAGAGGGGACUGAUGCUGCAGGUCGGGCCGCUCAAGAUCGCAAAGGAUUGACCAACUGGAGCAAUUUUCAUCGGUCCGAUGACGCAGAUGCUGGCAACGAAGCUCUGAACGACCUUGGAUCUGGAAACACUCAUCGUAUAAACAUACGAGAGGGUUUGCGUGAGCUAGCUGCGCUCAACGGCGGUAACCUCACUCUGGACGACAUCGAUGAUAGAGGAGGUCGUAGACGUGGCAUGCCGCCGCCUCUUCGCAAUCAUGCUGGUAACUCUGCCGCAUUCAAUGAUCGCGGUGCUCACGGCCGAGGUCGAGGCGGCGGCUUUGCUGGCAGAGGAGUCCCUCGUGGUGGCGGUUCGUCAACAAGUGCACGAUCACCUCGCCCGCUAGAUCCUGCAGUCGAUCCGGAUCGCGAAUAUGUCUACAAAGAUAGCUCCCGAAAGCGACGUCCGAAUGUCCAGAUGGUCAACAACAAGGUCACAAUGGGCCCUGGCAAAGCUCCGGCCGGUUCUAGCAAGCGCAAGAAACCUGGUCAUCUUGCUACACCGCCUCAGUACCACGGGCCCAUGCCUAAGCUGGCUGAACCGUCCACCUUCAUGGAUGUUGCACUGAAGAGAUUCCGGCAGCAAAAUGAUGCACAGGCGAGUGCCCCACAGGCACCACCUCCUGCACCGGUCCCGGGUCACUCUAUCAAGGCUCAGGUCCACCAACCCACAUCUUCCUCACCGAAGCAAGGCUUCAAGGAGAUCCAGACAAUCAGUCGUUCUGAGCUCGUUCCGAAAUCGAGACGUCAGAGCGGCUUCACUGACGGUAAUAUGACGAGUACAAGUCUCUCAGGGUUUUCUCCCAGCAUCAAUGGGGACGAGUUCACCAUGAAUGCUGCCAGUGAGCCGACUAAAGGCCUUGGCAUCACGGGUGUCGCUUUGCCCAGAGCAUCGACAGCCUCUGCGGAGACGCUGAUGGACGUUGACAUUCCCGCCGCUAACAACGCUGUGUUGACGCCAUCUCUGCGAGCAAGCCCUGAGGAGACAACCAUUUCAAUCCCGAAGUCUGACUUUGAACAGUAUCAGGCGUUCAAAGCGAUCAUGUCAGGCUCUCGGAGCACCCAAGAUCUGCUUGAAUGGCUUGAUGCCCACAAGAAGAAGACUCUGCAGGCGGAGAAGGAGACGGACAUCUCUGGGAACAAGAACCCUGAAAAAGAGCCUUCGAUCAAGAAAGAGACGGUCGUCAAUAUAGCGGCUGGCUAUACCAUCGGCUCCUCACGACUCGAGAGCAUCAUAGGCGAUCGCAAUGCACUCCUACCGGCCCCUAUCACAGUCGAAAUGGGCGACAACUUCUGUGAGCAGCAUGAGCCGCGUGCCAAAGCAGCCAUUCCGGUCGUUGCGAGCUCCACUACGAGCGCAGCUCCGGUCACUAGACUCGUGCGCGAGACACUGGCCAAUGUCUCUGGUGCAGUCCCCAAUCACGCGAUUCAGGCUAUGCUGUCAGCUCCCGUGCAAGCUGUUCAGUCCAUUCGCAGCAGCACAGCAGGACAACAAGAGGCCGAUCCUGCAAUUCCCAGCACUGGGCCAAGCACUGGUGAUACCGAAUCAAAAUCUCGAGCUCCGUUGCAAGCCCAGAUGCAAACCGUGACUAAGUCGAUGGCGAGGACAAAGAUCUCCGCUGACGGCGUCUCUUCUGCUGGUGUGAAGGCUAGCUCGGCCGGCAAGUCCAGACUCUCCAACGGUCACAGUGCUCUACCUGUCACCAACGAGCCUAAGAGCAGUCGAAGUGUUCAAGAAUCUUCAUCAAGCAUCGGAGUCAUUCCAAUUGGCGGUCAGGUGUCAACGGUGCCGGGCAAGAGAGACAAACGAGUCAAUCCGUUCGUUCCUCGCGAAGCGGGCAAGGCGGAGGACGUGACACUCGAGAGCACGCACCAGCCCGUGAAAAUCGAUGUUGGCAGCCUGGCUGCAGAGAUCGACCGUCGCACUGUGCCCGAUGAGGACAAAACCGGACUACCGUGGCCACGCAUUAGUCGACCUUCAUUUCCGCAGGUUGACCAGGUCGUCUCAACCAGUCCUCCGCCUGAAGCCAAAGGGCGCGCUUCGAUUCUCGGCAAAAAGGGCAUCACUGAUUCCAAGUGGGCUUCCUCAACUUUCGGUGCUAGCACGGGCUUCCCAAAACAGGCUGCAAAUUCCAACGUCUAUCAUGCUGAAGCUGAACACGUUCCACCUCUGAGAACUAGAGCCGGCAACCAGGUUGUUGCUGGUGCCUCGUUCGCUGCCCGCCCGGAGACAGACAAACUGAGCCGUUCUGCUUCACAGAAGCCCGCCAAGAGCACGAAGUCGCCAUUGAAAGCAUCUGCUGCGCCGAUCUUUAGAGACUCCAGAAACCUGAAGCACAACUCAAGUACUCUGAAGAAGUCUGGCCCUCCAGCUCCGAAGAAAUUCGUUCCUCCAGGCCUACAAUGGAUCCAGAAGGAGCAAGAAGAACAGCGUGAGCUCGCACCCGAUGAGAUUCAGCAGGUAUCGAACAGCACCGAUCUGUCCAGAGAGUCUCGCGAAGCUCUGGGCCUCGCUAGUGAUAUCCUGCGCAAAUACCGCGAUCUCGACUAG